AUUUAGAAAUAAGUGUUACGCUUUGUGAAACCCUUAAGAUGUGUAUAUUGACAAUAAACCUCUAUUUUUAGGGUGCUUUUCGUCAUAUUUUAAACUAUGAGGAUGUGCGAAAAUGUCCUGCAAGAAUAUAAUUGGCGAAAGUAUUUACCAAGUCUAAAACUCCAGUUACGCCACAACGUGAAAAUAUUUUGCAUAAAGUUCUGUUUCUUCUUCUCAUUUCAGUCGCCUCUAAGAGCAAACAAAGCAAAGAAGGAUGGGAGUGCCAGGAAAGCCUUUUCGUCCCAGUGAGAAAUCUAAGAAAAUUACCAAACCAUCCCGUUCAACUGCUAUCCAUAAUCAGUUUUUGAUGGCUGCUCACCCUGCUGGAGCAGCUGUUGUCGAUGCAGGCGAUUGGAAAAAUCAGUUGCCGCCUGAUUCACGACAAAGAAUUGUCAACAAGAUUAUGGAUACACUAAAGAGGCAUCUUCCUUUUUCUGGUCAAGAGGGAUUAGAUGAGCUCAAAAAAAUUGCUGAAAGGUUUGAGGAGAAAAUAUAUACUGCUGCUACAAGUCUGUCAGAUUAUUUGCGGAAAAUAUCUUUGAAGAUGCUUUCAAUGGAGUCAAAAUCUCAAAAUCCUAUGCCUAAUUCAUUGCCAUCCAGUACCACUGGUAACAGCAACAAACCACUGGAUCAAGGGACUGGCAUGCAAAACCAAGGGCAAUCGCUUCCUACCCCAAUGUCAGCUAAUCAGAGUCAACAACGCCAACAAUUGUUAUCCCAGAACAUUCAGAAUAACAUGACAUCAACUGGAGUCCCAGGUUCUUCUGGAUUACCAUCUGCUCCUCCUUCGGUCUCUGGUUCAACGCAGGCUCCAAUCCCCAGUGUUGUGAACCAAAAUUCCAACAUUCAAAAUAUAUCUGGUGUUUCACAGAACACAGUAUCUUCAACAGGGCAAGGGUUGCCCUCCAAUCUCUUUGCCAAUUCCCAGAGGCAAAUGCAAGGAAGGCAACAGGUUCUUCCCCCUCAGCAACAACAACAAUCCCAGAACCCACAACAGUUUAUGUACCAGCAGCAGAUUCAACAACAAUAUCUGCAGCAAAAGCUGCAGCAAGGAAAUCAUCCACACUCACUGAUGCAACCUCACAUGCCACUGCAGCAGCCAAACAUAUUACAGCCUAAUCAGUUGCAAUCUUCUCAGCAGUCUGGUAUGCAAUCAUCGUCUGUUAUGCAACCUUCUGUUGUUCAAUCGGCCCCUCUCUCUGGUAUUCAGCAGAACCAGCAGUCAUCUGUUCAACUGUCAACACAAUCCAUGAUUCAGUUGCCCCAGCAAUCAGUCCUUAGGCCGCAGCAACAGCAACAACAGCCUGUGGGUAUUCAUCAACAGCAAACACCAAUGACACAGCCAUCAAUGAUGCCUCUGCAACAGCAGCACCUAAUGGGUCAACCUUCAAAUGCUUCAAACAUGCAGCAGAAUCAGUUGAUGGGCCAAAAAAAUAGUGUUAGUGAUAUCCAGCAACAACAACAACAGAGGUUGCUAGGGCAGAAGAGUAAUCUUCCAAAUAUGCAGCAGCAGCAACAACAGCAGCAGCAGUUGUUGGCUCAGCAAAACCUCUCAAGUAUGCAUCAUCAACAAUUGGGCCCACAAAGUAAUGUUUCAGGAUUACAGCCACAGCAGCAGCAACAGUUACUUGGUAAUCAGUCUGGAAACUCAAGCAUGCAAAGUAAUCAGCGCGCUGUGCAUGUGAUACAACAACCCAAGGUUCCAUUGCAGCAACCAAGCCAGCAGAGUGCACCUUUAUUAUUAAAUCAAGGGCAACAGUCGCAAUUGCAACAGCCACUGCAGCAAUCAAUGUCACAGAUGCAAUCACAGCCUGCACAGUUGCAACAGCAGUUGGGUUUGCAACAACCUAAUCAAUUACAGCCAAACAUGCAGCAAAGGCUUCAGGCAUCAAGUCAAGCAUCAGGUUCCUUGCUUCAACCUCAGAAUAUUAUGGAUCAGCAAAAGCAGAUGUAUCAAUCACAAAGAACCCUUACAGAACCAUCAUCAACAUCUCUAGAUUCCUCAGCCCAGACUGGACAAGCAAAUGGUGGUGAUUGGCAAGAGGAGUUAUAUCAAAAGAUUAAAACCAUGAAGGAGACGUAUUUACCCGAAUUAAAGGAAAUGUAUCAGAAAAUUGCUACUAAAUUGCAGCUGCAUGAUUCUCUUCCUCAACAACCAAAGUCAGAGCAGCUUGAUAAACUGAAAAAUUUUAAGACUAUGUUGGAGCAUAUUAUAACAUUCUUGCAGGUGUCAAAAAAUAAUAUCCGACAGAAUAUUAAGGAAAAGUUGGGUAUCUAUGAGAAGCAGAUAAUCAAUUUUAUAAAUACAAAUAGGCUCAGGAAGCCUGUUUCUUCACUGCAACCAGGGCAACUUCCCACACCUCCUUUGCAUGCCAUGCAGCAGCCACAAUCACAAGUUACUCAAGUUCAGCCCCAUGACAAUCAAAUGAACACACAGAUGCCAUCAAUGAACUUACAAGGUUCUGUUGGAACAAUGCCACAGAACAAUAUGGCAAUUAUGCAGCAUAAUUCUAUGCCUUCUAUUUCGGGGUUCUCAACAGCAUCACAGAACAUGUUAAAUUCCUUGCUGCCAGUUACCAAUUUGGAUUCAGGACAAGGAAAUUCACUGAACUCUUUACAUGUAUCUAUUGGAUCUCUACAACAAAAUUCUGUGAGCACUCCUCAACAACAAGCAAACAUUAACACUUUGUCAUCACAAAGUGGAGUUAAUAUGCUGCAGUCAAAUAUUAAUUCCCUACAAUCAAAUUCAAAUAUGCUACAACAUCAGCAAAUGAAACAACAGCAGGAGCAACAAAUGCUGCAGUCACAACAGCUCAAACAACAAAUGCAGCAGCACCAGAUACAUCAUCAAAUAAUGCAGAAGCAACAGCAGCCACCACAGUUGCACCAGCAAGCAAAGCAGCAGAUGCAGACACAUCAAAUACCACAGCUGCAUCAGAUAAAUGAUGCGAAUGACAUGAAUUUGCGACAGGGGAUGGGUGUUAAGCCUGCAGGCUCUCAGCAACAUCUGUCAUCAAGCCAGCGCCCUGCCUAUCACCAUCAACAGUUGAAAGCAGGAACUACAUUUCCUAUUCCUUCUGCCCAAAUCCUUCAGGCUGCAUCCCCUCAAAUUCAACAACAUUCUUCUCCACAAGUCGACCAGCAGAAUCUGCUUUCAUCACACCAUAAAACUGGAACCCCAUUACAAUCUGCAAGCUCUCCUAUUGUCAUGCCAUCUCCUUCAACACCUUUGGCUCCAUCACCCAUGCCUGGGGAUUCUGAGAAACCAAUUUCUGGUAUUUCUUCCCUAGCAAAUGCUGGAAAUAUUGCACAUCAACAGAAUUCUAAUGCACAAGCAGCCGCACCAUCUCUUGCAAUUGGCACUCCUGGAAUAUCAGCAUCACCUUUGCUUGCUGAGUUUACUGGUCCAGAUGGCACUCAUGGUAAUGCCUUGACGGCUGUUUCAGUCAAGAACAGUGUUACAGAGCAGCCUCUUGAGCGCUUGAUCAAAGUGGUGAAAUCAAUGUCACCCAAAGCAUUGAGUGCAUCUGUCAGUGACAUUGGUUCAGUUGUGAGUAUGAUGGACAGAAUAGCAGGAUCGGCGCCGGGUAAUGGAUCUAGAGCUGCAGUUGGUGAGGAUUUGGUUGCCAUGACCAAGUGUCGUCUGCAAGCUAGAAAUUUCAUCACGCUAGAUGGAAUGGCUGGACCUAGGAAAAUGAGGCGCUACACAAGUGCCAUGCCAUUAAAUGUUGUUUCAUCGGCAGGCAAUAUGAAUGAUAGUUUCAAGCAGUUAAAUGGUUCUGAGACAUCUGACCUGGAAUCAACUGCCAUAUCUAGUAUGAAAAGACCAAGAAUGGAGGUCAAUAAUGCUCUUGUGGAGGAAAUAAGGGAAAUCAAUCAGCUACUUAUAGACACGGUGGUUGAUAUCAGUGACGAAGAUGUUGAUCCAACUGCUGCUGAAGCCACUUCUCAAGGGGGCGAAGGAACUAUUGUCAAAUGCUCUUUCAGUGCAGUGGCUCUCAGUCCAAACUUGAAAUCACAGUAUGCUUCAGCUCAAAUGUCACCUAUUCAGCCAUUGCGAUUGCUUGUUCCAGCAAAUUACCCCAAUUGCUCCCCAAUAUUAUUAGACAGAUUUCCAGUUGAAGUCAGUAAGGAAUAUGAAGAUCUUUCGGUGAAGACAAAGUCAAGGUUUAGCAUAUCUCUGAGAAGCCUUCCACAACCCAUGACCCUUGGGGUGAUAGCAAGGACUUGGGAUGUCUGUGCACGUGCUGUGAUAUCUGAAUAUGCACAGCAGAGCGGUGGAGGCAGUUUCAGCUCAAAAUAUGGGACUUGGGAGAACUGCUUGACUACUGCGUGAUCAUCUUCCUACACUGAAACCAAAAAAUUUAUGCUGAUUAGGCAUAAUACAAAAUUCACCAGUUUCUUCGGCCAUGAUGGUGGCUAAAGAAGCAGUUUUCAGCUUGUUACAAAUGGCAGCAUAGAAGAGCACAAAACUAUAUUUGUGUGUUGCAGAAGUUUUGAAUAAUGAUAUGUAAUUAUGGUGUUGUGAUUGUGUAGCAUGUGUUUGUAGCAAUUAUAUUUUCAAGAAGCAAUCAGUUUAGAGUUACAAACCAUUAGUUUCUUCAAUGUGUAAGCCAGUUUGGCCUGGCCGGGGUUUUGUUUCUGUGAUAAUUUUAUUUCUAGCGGGAGAUUAUGUUAUAAUAUUUAUCUUAGAAUAAAUUAUUUAUUUUAUUUAA